AGGAAACAGGCUGCUGGGGCGAGCUGUCACUGAAUCGACCGAGUUGGAGCGGCGGACAGGGAAGCCAGUGUCUCCAGUUACAACCGAGUGGAGAUCACAUCCGACACUUCUACUGGUUUAACUUAACUCAGGCUGCGCGUCUCUGAAACCUCCGUUGGACUCCAAUACGCACAGAAAGAGCGGAAAAGCUUUGCUUUUUUGGCCAUGGCUGACGUUAGUUCAAACGAGUCGUCCUCCUCCUCGGACGUGGCGAAUCGGUUCGCCCGCAAAGGUGCUUUGAGGCAAAAGAAUGUUUACGAAGUGAAGAACCAUAAAUUUAUAGCACGAUUCUUCAGGCAGCCGACUUUCUGCAGCCACUGCACCGACUUCAUCUGGGGGUUUGGAAAACAAGGCUUCCAAUGCCAAGUUUGCUGUUUUGUUGUCCACAAGAGGUGCCAUGAGUUUGUGACCUUCUCCUGUCCCGGGGCGGACAAGGGUCCCGACACUGACGACCCCCGGACCAAGCACAAGUUUAAGAUCCACACCUAUGGGAGCCCAACCUUCUGCGACCACUGUGGCUCCCUGCUCUACGGCCUCAUCCACCAGGGCAUGAAAUGUGACACCUGUGACAUGAACGUCCAUAACCAGUGUGUGAUGAACGUUCCCAGCCUUUGUGGGAUGGACUUCACCGAGAGACGCGGCCGUCUGUUCCUCAAGUGUGAAGUCAGCGGGGACAGACUGCAGGUCACAGUGACUGAAGGGAGGAACCUCAUCCCGAUGGACCCCAAUGGUCUGUCAGACCCCUACGUGAAGCUCAAGCUCAUCCCGGACCCCAAGAACGAAACAAAACAGAAGACCAAGACCAUCCGCUCCAACCUCAACCCCACUUGGAACGAGACCUUCAACUUCAAACUCAAGCCGACCGAUAAGGACCGCAGGCUGUCUGUGGAGGUGUGGGACUGGGACCGGACCACCAGGAACGACUUCAUGGGGGCUCUGUCAUUCGGCGUGUCUGAGCUCAUCAAGUCACCAGUCUGUGGCUGGUACAAGAUGUUGUGCCAGGAGGAGGGAGAGUACUACAAUGUCCCCAUCUCAGAAGAGGAUGAUGGGAAUGAGGAACUGAGGCUGAAGUUUGAGGCUAAGACCUUUGUGGACGACAAUCAGAAGGCCAAGCUGGGACCACAGAAAAAGGUGAUCACCCCGGACGACGACAACCACUCUGCCUACGUGCCCUCCAGCAACCUGGACCGGGUCAAGCUGGAGGACUUCCACUUCCUGGCGGUGCUGGGGAAAGGCAGCUUCGGCAAGGUAAUGCUGGCGGAGAUGAAGACGUCCCUGGAGCUUUACGCCAUCAAGAUCCUGAAGAAGGACGUGGUGAUCCAGGACGACGACGUGGAGUGCACCAUGGUGGAGAAGAGAGUGCUGGCUCAGCAGGACAAGCCUCCCUUCCUCACCCAGCUCCAUUCCUGCUUCCAGACCGAGGAUCGCCUUUACUUUGUGAUGGAGUUUGUGAAUGGAGGAGACCUCAUGUACCACAUCCAACAAGUUGGCAAGUUCAAGGAGCCCCAGGCUGUCUUCUACGCAGCAGAGAUCGCUGUGGGCCUCUUCUUCCUGCACAGCAAAGGAGUGAUAUACAGGGACUUGAAGCUGGACAACGUGAUGCUUGAUUGCGAGGGACACAUCAAGAUCGCCGACUUCGGCAUGUGUAAAGAGAACAUGUCUGAGGAGGUCACCACUCGCACCUUCUGUGGCACCCCAGACUACAUAGCACCCGAGAUCAUCGCCUACCAGCCCUACGGCCGCUCAGUGGACUGGUGGGCGUAUGGAGUGCUGCUGUAUGAGAUGCUGGCCGGACAGCCUCCGUUUGAUGGGGAGGAUGAAGACGAGCUGUUCCAGUCGAUCAUGGAGCACAACGUGUCCUACCCCAAAUCCAUGUCCAAGGAGGCUGUCCUCAUCUGCAAAGGGCUGAUGACCAAGCACCCGUCCAAGCGUCUGGGCUGCGGGCAGGAAGGCGAGCGGGACAUCAGGGAGCAUGCCUUCUUCAGACGCAUCGACUGGGAGCGCCUCGCCAACCGUGAGAUCCAGCCCCCCUUCAAACCCAAAGACUGUGGCAAAGCAGCUGAGAACUUUGACAAGUUCUUCACACGCACCCAGCCCCAGCUGACCCCGCCCGACGAGCUGGUUAUCGCCAACAUCGACCAGGCGGACUUCAACGGCUUCUCCUUCAUCAAUCCCCAGUUCACCUACCCUAUUGCCCCAAUCGCGCCUGAGGCCAGCACCGCUCAGUGAGGGGGGAGCCGCGGUCAACCCCAUCCACCCCCACACAUCCACCCCUCUACUGCCAACCCCCAGUACCCCUGACCACCACUUGAACCAGGCACAGGCAAGGCCUCAAAUCUUUUUUACAAGAGUCGAGAGAAUCAGAGGAAAUGGUUUUGUUUUGAUGUCUUUGUUAUUAUAGCAAUACUCCAAAUUGGCCGCAUAAAUGAAGUGAAUACUAUAAACGUGUUUUAAGAGUAUUCUAGUAUUUAACUACAAUACCAUGUUGAUUAUUUUAGAGGAUGGAGGAGCGAUCGAGGCUUCCCUGUCCUGCAUAACACAUGAAAUAACUUAGAAUCUCUGAGACUUCAGGGGAUUUCUACGAAGCCAGGUGAGAGAAGAGCGCUGAGAGGAAAGAACAGUUUAACUUGGAUAUGAACAGUAUGGUUAAAACAUAAAACAUGAUUGGAGCUAAUGAAAAUAUGCAUUUUCGGGUAAUGGGUGGCUAAUGCUGUUGACAUAGACUCAUGAACGACUCCAGUAGAUCCUCUGUCCUAACGCCCAAUUGGGACAGGGAACAAGCUCAAGCCAAAUAUGGAGGAGGAGGGGCCAACAUCAAAGUUGCUUAAGAUGUUGCUAACUGUAUCUUGUUUACAAAUGUCUUUCCCUUUUUCUCAUGGUGAUGGCAAAAGUCUAUUUUAGUACAUUCUCUGGACUGUAGCCAGACAAGUUCCAGUGCAGAGGAACACCAGAAAACUCCAGACCCAGACAGCGUGUAGAUCAUGUAGGUCAGAUGUUCUCAGCAUGAACACCAUACUGGUCUCAUGCAGCAUGUAGAACGUGUAGAGCACAUGCUGCCCCGUUGACAGCAUGCGGCUCACUUUUUUUAAAAUAAGAGCAGAAAAAUUCUUCCUCGCUCCUCUAGACUUUUCUAAAGUGGACCGGGUUCAGUACGGUGGCCAAAGCAGAUGUUCCUUUCCCCAGAUCAUAUAAUGAUUUAUCCUUAGAGCUAAAAAGGUUUGCAGUUGGUCAGUUUACAAGAUGUCUGACCCUAUUUGUCUGUCCUGCCUGGAUGUUUCUAUAAGCUUCCUGUGGCCAUAAAACGUAUUUGUCUGUUUGUUUUAAGCCAUGUUGUUUUUUUGGUAUUAUCAUACUAAACCAUGUGUAUUAUCCAUGUCCUGGUAGCUCAAGCAGACAUGCUGGGUUUUUGAGGUACAGAAUAAAACUACUCCUGUAUGGGAAUGUGCCAGCAUUCCUUCAUCUAUUUCAUCAUUUCUUUACUUUGUUAAUUCAUAUAUUUUUGUUUCUGUAAUCAUCUUCAAAUUGUAUCCUACCAUGAUUAUGUCCUCAAUUUCUGAUAUCUUAAAUCUCGAUUCUGUUAGAUCAUUUAAAAAUACUCCAACCUUUCUCCAGUCCUUUGUAAAUAUCCUAUAUUCUGUAUAGCAUCUUACAUCUUUAAUGCCAACAACUGAAUGAGCUUUUAUUGGAUUACCUAUGUUUAGCAUAUAUCUAUGUCUAUAAAACAGUUACAAAUAACAGAAGCGUACCAUGGUUAAUCCAGAUUAUCUUGGUCGUCUUCAAAGCAUUCUGAUUCAUCAAAAUGUGAGGAAAUGUUGUUUUGAACUUGUUUCAAUGGAUUGUUGGAUUGUUUCUUUUUCUUGUUCAUAUCAAGUGUAGUGAAAGUGUGAGUGUGGAGGGCGAGAGAGAGAGAGUACUUUCACUACAAAUCCCUUUUUGUAGUGAAAGUGUGAGUGUGGAGGGCGUGGUCUUCACCUGCAUGCUGCCCAGGUGUAGUGAAGGUGAGAGUGUGGUGGGCGUGGUCUCAACCUGCAUGCUGCCCAGGGCUUUACACCCAAGUACUGCAUGCAUAGAGGGUAGAAAUCCUCUGAGAACACGACUUCAAAUGUAUGUGUAUGUAUAUACAAUAUAUGUAUAUGUAUAUAUACAGUACAUGUACAGGUAUAUAUAUAUAUAUGUACAUAUAUAAGUAUAUAUAUAUAUAUAUGUUAUGAGAUAUAUAAAUGUAUGGAUAGUUUCCAUUUUAAUCUACCUUCCUAACAUUUUGUUCGGUUUAAUGUUGAGGCAAAAGUUCUAAUCGAAGAAAGCAUUAUAUAUAUGAAGCUAGAAGUAAUUAUUGUUGUUAUUCUAACAACUAUUCCAAUUAUCUUACUUCAGUAAAUAUCAAAAACACUGAUAUCAUUUCUAUAAAUCCCCUCCUUCUCUGAUUAAUCUGUGCCCUCGUUCCUUUUACCCCUCUCUCUCUCUCUCUCUCUCUCUCUCUCUCUCUCUCUCUGGCCACUAGCUCUAUCUAAACCACGAUGCCCCCUAGCACUAUCUAGACCAGGUGGGGCCCUAGUUCUAUCUAGACCAGGAAGGCCCCUAGCUCUAUCUAGGCCAUGAGGGCCUCUAGCUCUAUCUAGACCUGUGUCUUAUUUUUGAGGUUAUAUAGGUUAUCAGUGUUGUGUUAUUGUCAGAUCUUUACAGUUGUAUCUGUAAUUUUUUCCUGUAAUUGUCUAUAUACUCAUAUAUAUAUCUUGAUUGACCCUUUUAUUUCUUUCUAAAGAAUAUAUUCUAUCCCUGUGUUUCCUAUUGUAAAACCUUCCGUUUGUGCCAAACCAGAAAAUGCCACAACCCGAUCCUAGCAGCGUUGCACUAGCCUUCUAGUCACACUGAUGACUUUCUGUGAUAGCAUCCAUCCGUCGUAGCCUCUCCCAGCCAGUUAGCCCAUUUGAAGCUUCACUUGCUCGGCCCUCUCAACCUCCUACCCUUGCAUGUAGCCAUAGCUGCAUCAGUGCAAAAGGAUGUCAGUCAUUGCCAUGUCAUGUAGCUCGUGGAUGCAUAACACAUGGGCUUCCUUCAUCGGUCUGUGUCAUGUGUGGGCCUGACGCCUAGAUGGCUGGCCUGUGGACCCCUGGAGCUCCGCAGCCUGCCGCUGUGAGCUGUAGUGAGAAUGUAUUGUGGGCGGAUUCCCAAAGACCUGCCCUCUGGUUUGAAGCAAGUUUCAUCGCUGCAUGUGUUGGUUUGAAGGCCAAGAAUAUACAUUUCAAUUAUCGUAAAUACUAACCUUUUAAUAAACAAAUAAAUAUUUUAAAAACAA